GACGUAUCGCAACAGCAAUGUUCUAGUAGCAUCAAAAACCACUCUUCUGAGAGAUAUUGCAAGUAUGGCCGUGGCCAAAUUAAUGAUGCCGGGUCCGGUUACUGUAAUGUCCCGAUUCACAGCGACUCGUGCUUGCUGUCUCUCAUCUAUGCUGGAUACACUUUCAAUACACCCGGGAUCACAGUCACGAACAUUCUCCUCAUCACGAGUAACAUUUGAUUGGCUGUCACCGCGAUCCGGCGAGUCUUCAAAAUCACGAAAAGGUCGACCGCGGGUACCGACAGGAGGCAGUGUGAAGGGCACGACAGUCGUUUGGGGAGAAUAUGGAAUCAGGUUGAAGGACACAAGCCGACGUAUCAGCGCAUCACAGCUAAAGAUUGCCGAUGAGACGAUCAAGAAGCGCCUGAGAGGAAUGAAAUACCGCAUCUAUCACCGUAUUUCAGCGAACAUCGGUGUCUACACGAGCGGAAACGACCAGCGUAUGGGAAAGGGAAAAGGAUCUUUCGAUUACUGGUCAGCAAGGGUUCCCGUCAGCCGAAUCCUUUUUGAACUCAAAGGCGACAUUCACGAGCAGAUUGUCAGAGACGCCUUUCGGUUGGCUGGAAAUAAACUUCCGGGCCAGUACGAGUUUGUGAAGAAGGGUGAUCCACCGGUUAUGGGCAUCACUAAGCUAGCAAAUGGAGUCACAGAAGAGUCAUUGCGCAGACCGAGAAUGCCCGUGCCAGCGCCGAGCUUGGAUUCGACUGCUGAGCGGAUGCCUGCCACUACUCCUCCGUGAGGCAGAUUUUACCUUCGAUGCAGAUCAGUGCAUCAAGUCGGCAGUCUUGUAUUGCGCUCGAGGCGAAAAUGUCAAACGAUUGACGCUCUGUACAACACUCGUGAAACUUGUUGUCCUGAUACACUGCAACCAAGCAUCCGCCUGUCCUUUGUGGAAAUUUGGAAGCGCCUGUAAAUUUCGUGUAGCAUAGAUUUGGAAUUGUACGAAGUUUAUAGUUCCGCUCCAGUAUAAAACUUCCUACGACACUCAGCCGCGCAGCCUUCUCUCAGCCGAAGAGGCGACGCUCGUACUCAGUCAAGCAGCUCAAUUGAAUGAAAGCGUCUAUGUGCAGCCAUAGCAAACGCCGGCAUGCGCAUGCUGCACAUCUCGCAUGUCUGACACGAAUCACUCUCUUCUCCAUCUUC